ACUUCCGCCCCGCUUCCCGGCGUGCAGCGCGGUCCCGGCCCGGCCGCCUUCCCGUCCCCUCCUCAGCGGCAGCCGCGGCCCAGUCAGUCGCUCAGCGGGCAAGAUGGCGGACGUGCUGGAUCUUCACGAGGCGGGGGGCGAGGACUUCGCCAUGGACGAGGAUGGGGACGAAAGCAUCCACAAACUGAAGGAGAAAGCAAAGAAGAGGAAAGGCCGAGGAUUUGGUUCAGAGGAAGGUUCGAGGGCCAGAGUACGUGAGGACUAUGACAGCGUGGAACAAGAUGGGGAUGAACCUGGGCCUCAAAGAUCGGUGGAGGGCUGGAUUCUCUUUGUCACCGGAGUUCACGAGGAGGCCACUGAAGAGGAUAUUCAUGACAAGUUUGCAGAGUAUGGCGAGAUAAAGAACAUCCACUUGAAUCUAGACAGACGAACGGGCUACCUGAAGGGAUACACUCUAGUAGAAUAUGAAACGUACAAAGAAGCCCAGGCAGCCAUGGAAGGUCUUAACGGACAGGACCUGAUGGGGCAGCCGAUCAGCGUGGACUGGUGCUUUGUCAGGGGGCCUCCGAAAGGAAAGAGAAGGGGCGGGCGUAGGCGGAGCAGGAGUCCGGACAGGAGACGACGCUGAUCUCACAUUUCUCCAUUUCCUUUUGAUGGUUCCUAGGUGUAAAUUCUCCUUGCGCAGCUCUGGAAGCAGGAAGUCUCUCAUAAGCUGGAUGUGCAGACUCCUGCCUCAAUCUCUUUCUGGGUUUUUAAUUGUGCUGCAUUUUUACCUAUGAGUUCUUGGUCCUAUUUUUAACAGUAUCUGUAAAGUUCUUAAUUUGUGCUUAAACUAGCAUAAGACUCUGAAUCUCCUUUUGACCUCCGACACCUCAAAUGAGAGAACUCAUCCAGUGGUGCUGUAGGGGACUCUCAUUUUGAAGGAGAAAUGUUGCCCAUAAAUACUGAAUAAAAGUCUGCUUUUUUUUUU